GGCAUUGGAAAUUGGGAGUGCAUGGGUUGAAGCUGGAGAGUUUUGGUGAUACGUGCGGGUGUCGGCAGCUGGCUGGCUGACUGGCUGGCUGGCUGACUGGCUGGCUGGCUGGCUCCAUUGAAUGCAGCAAGCGAGAUUCCUUUUCGUCAGGGAGGCGUGCAUUCUCUAGAUCAGUGGGGAGGAGAGUCCACCCCACCCCACCCCACAGUGUUGGCCAGAUCAUCAUCUGGCACCACUACGCAGGCGCUUCUGGGCUCCCGAAGGAAGGAAGGAAGGCAGCACUGGAAUGGAAUAAUGAGUCGUCACUGGCAAGGCAGCACUCUUCCUCCUCUAUGUGAGGUGGUUCUCCUUGUCGUCUGUUGUUAGAUUCAUCAGGAGCAGGAGGUGGAGGAGGAGGGUAUGGCACUCCUCUCACCUCUUGAUUUGGACAGGUCUUCUCGUGUGCGACUCCAACCAGCUUGCCUUCAGAUUCCUUUGAGUGAUGCCAGAGCGGCUCUGUUGGGUUUGCUUGCUUAGCUUAGGUGCGGAUUCGUAGGACGAGGGGGCUGGGGAAGUUGGCUAUGGAUGAUGACUACAGCGUCUGGACAACCCUCCGAUCAAUGGCAGUUCGGGGUGGUUGCACCCUCGACUGCCACGGCGACGCAAGAGUUGUCUGUUGGGGAGAUUCUGGACGAGGAUUGUGAGGUGCCAACGUGUUUGUCGCUCGGGAUGUCGAGCGGGAAGGGUGAUUCGAGCACUGAGUCGACACGGCGGAAGGGUGGGGUUAUGGGUCGCGGCAAAAUUGAGAUCAAGAAGAUUGAGAAUACAACCAGCAGGCAGGUGACAUUCUCCAAGAGGCGCGGUGGUCUUUUGAAGAAGGCGCACGAGCUUGCGGUUCUGUGUGAUGCCGAGGUGGCGCUGGUUAUUUUCUCCAGCACUGGAAAGCACUUUGAGUUUGCCAGUUCAGGCAGCAUGCGGGACAUCAUUGAGCGGUACAGGAAGAGCUCGGAUGGUGCAGUGAAGCGUGGCACCAAUACUGAUUUACUUGGUCGGGAGGUGAUUAAGUUAAAACAGCAAGUAGAACGAUUGGAAAGCUCUCAAAGGCAUAUGCUUGGUGAGGAUCUUUCAGCUUUGAAGGUAUCUGACCUUUUGGAGCUGGAGCAGCAGCUUGAUCAGGGUGCUUCACGAGUGAGAGCAAGGAAGAAUCAACUCAUUUUAGAAGAGAUCGAAGACUUGCGGAGAAAGGAGCAUGAACUGAUGAUUGCAAACGAGGCUCUUCGCAAGAAGAUUGCAGACGCUGAAGGUGCUGCGGAAGCAGCAGCUCGAGCUAAUUUCCCGGAUGCUCGGCUAGAAAGCCCCAAACCGUUCGCCAGCGAUUUCUCACGAGAUAUGAGUGUGAGUUCGCAGCUGGCAGCAUCAGUCUACCCUCAUCCCAACCUUCUACAGGCGCAAAGAUCACAGACGUCAUUACAGCUUGGAUGGCUAUCUGAGCAACAGAUCCCCAGCACGGAAGAAGGUUGUGCAGGUGAAUCUAGCUUGAAAUGGGAUCAUCCGCACUUUCACAUUCAGAAUAGACUCCAUGCAAACAUAUCACCAAGUGUGAGAAUUUAUAAGUUACAUGUCGAUCGAUAAGCCACUUCGAACGACAGAAGGCUCUUUGGGAGCCCAGGCUAUGGGUCCUAGCCCCUCGUCACCGCCGUUGCUUCUCAAUAAUCCAGAUGCACUCCAGCUGUAGCCUGUAGUUGUAGAGUGUCCGAGGUUUGAUGUGAUCAGUGUCACUCAUCUAGAAGCAUCUAGUGUGGACCAAAAUGACGCCCUGACGGGUAUUAGUUUGCUCUGGUUGGUUGGUCUUCGGACGGCAAGUGAAACACUUUGAUACACUUAUGUAUUAACUCGUAUCGGUGGUGUGAGCGUUGAUCGAAACGCAGUCUCACCGUGGCUUAAAUCUGCUUUUAAACCUCAAUUUUGGCAGUUGAAUUAGCGAUUUUGUUACAUAGCAUCAAAAAGACGUAAGGAGUCUAAAAAAUAUCCUAGUCUCUUGUGAUGAGUUCAUACGCUUUGUAUUGUUAUAUGUAUCGGGUAAAAUUUUUCGACCCUUGCCGAAUAUAAGUUGUUACCAUGUUC